GCAUGGCGCCCCGUGAUUGGUCGCGCCCGCAUUGUUCGGUGUUUCCCUCCGGCAAACAAAACUUUCCCGACACUUGCAGCCACACUCGGCCUCGUCUGCGCGUGGAAUAAUCACAGCGGUACUCCAAUUUGCGUUGGGAAAGGAAAGCACCCAGGCCAGUAUGUACAGCUUCAUGGGAGGCGGUUUGUUCUGCGCCGGAGUGGGCAACAUCCUCCUGAUCGUUUCCACGGCAACCGACUAUUGGAUGCAAUACCGCCACUCCACCAAUUACAUGCACCAGGGUCUGUGGCGCUAUUGUGUGCCCGGCAAAUGCAUGACGCACACGGACAGUAUUGCAUACUGGGACGCCACACGGGCUUUCAUGAUCCUGUCCCUGCUGGCUUGCUUCAUCGGCAUUGUCAUCGGGGUCAUGGCCUUCAUCCACUACUCCUCCUUCGAUGGCUUCGACAAGACCUUCGCUGCCGGCAUCCUCUUCUUCAUCUCCUGUUUCUUUGUGCUGCUGGCCAUGGCGGUGUACACGGGCGUGACUGUCAACUAUUACGGCAAACGCUACGGGAGCUGGCGCUUCUCCUGGUCCUACAUCAUGGGCUGGGUAGCCGUGGUGCUCACCUUCUUCUCAGGUAUCUUCUACAUGUGCGCCUACCGCAUGCACGAAGGCCCACGGAACUCAAACUCGCGCUGACCUCACGGAGAUGCCCGUACCAAGUCCCGACAUCAUUUCCUCUUUCAAGC